CCACCCAAUCCACCCUUGGCUCCUGUAUCCAUCGACGCAGCAAAGUUCAGAUAGCCAGCCAGUGAUAGCAGUGAGCUCUGCUCGGUUAGUGUGACACUGAUGGCGCUCUCUCGUCGCAUGGCUGCGUCCGCCCUCCUCCUCAUGGUCCUCCUCGUCGCCACAGAGAUGGGGACGACGAAGGUGGCGGAGGCGAGGCACUGCCUGUCGCAGAGCCACAAGUUCAAGGGCACCUGCGUCCGCAGCGGCAACUGCGCCAACGUGUGCAAGACGGAGAACUUCCCGGACGGCGAGUGCAAGACGCAGGGCCUGGAGCGCAAGUGCUUCUGCAAGAGGGUCUGUUAAUUAAUGACGUGCAAUGCAUGCUGUUACUAGAUUUGUAGCUCCGUGAUCCAUCUGGUAGUCGUGUUGUUCGUCGGUUGUCCGUGUGUUCCGUCCGCGCAGAAUAAAGUAGACUCGGCAUUGUUCAUCUGCAUAGUCCGGAGCUCUGUUGUUUAGGUGAGGAGUUAUCGGGUUUCAGUAAUUCAGUUGGUCGUCUUGUUUGUGCUAGACAACUACUAGUAGAGGGUGCUGUCAUUAAUUGUACUGUCGUUAUUUCAGCAUGGACGUAUGCAAUGCAUCUGUUAUGUGUGACCGUUU